GGCGUGCUGGACCUCUGUCUGACCUGACCGGACUGGGCGGGCGCCCGCGAGACGGCGACGCGCACGGCGCCGGCCACCACACGCACUCCGACUGCGGCUUCAGCCUGGAUGGCAACGCUGUAGAAUGGGCUGCAACGCCAGCAAAGACGGCGUCAUCACAGCGCCGGCCGGCGUCGGCAAGCACAGCAAUGGUCUCGAUGGCAACAUCAAUCAGCGGAUGGAAGUAGAGCUGGUGGACGACCCGGAGCUGAGUGCCGCCGCCACCAAAAUCCAGGCAACGUUCAGAGGACACCAGGCGCGGAGGCAGCAGGCCAGCCAGAAAAUGGCGUCUCUCGACCAAGAUAUCGACCUCAGCGACCCCGAACUGAGCGCGGCCGCAACGAAAAUACAGGCCACCUUUCGCGGCCACAGAGUACGAAAGGAUGACGUCAUUCAGAAGCGGGAGCAGGAGCUCAAUGAGCAGAUGGAGAAGCUGCAUACAGAUACCCCUAAGGAAGAGGAAAUCGACAUUGAUUUAAAUGACCCCGAGGUCAUGAAGGCUGCCAGUAAGAUUCAGGCUUCUUUCCGGGCGCAAUUUGGCAAGAAAAAAUAGCCCGCCAUUAUUUGUGUGAGCGUAGGAAGUUCUUGUUGAUAAUUGCUUUCCGGAACAUUCCAUCAAAUCCGGCCUUAAUUCUUCAUGUUCCCUGUAGACUUUGAAAUAUGCUUCUACAACAUAGCGAGGAGAUAAACUCUUCAAUCGGUGUGGCAGCCUCAGCGUUGAACAGAAUUGUUACAGAAUGUCGCAUGGUUAUGCGAACAGUGGCCUUUUUAUGAAAUAAAUUUGUAGCGUAGCUAUCAGUCAUGAGGACAAACAAAUGCUCAUAGUGUGUACUUGGAACGGUGCUACUUUAACAAUUCACGCCGAACUGUGAGCCCCAGACGGGAAAAGCUGUUCAUGUAAAGGUUUUACCCUGAAGAACAUCAUCUCAACGCGGUUAAAGGGAAUGUUUCACACAUUUAUAAAGGGCUGGCCUAGUAUCAACAUCUUGCUGCUCCAGGUGGUUUAGUCUGACGUAGUUUAGUUUCCAAAAUGUAUACUUGCGAAACCAAAGGUUUGAGGUCUAUUUUCAUUUGAACUGCAGUACUUGAACUAACAGCAGGCAGCAAGCAUGACAAAAUCUGGUGUGGACAUACGAAGCAAUGUGGCAGUGCCUCAAGCCUAGACCUGUCAAGCAUUUUUUAAGAUUUGCCUCUGCAUUUCGGAAUGUCAAUUCAUGGUCACCGACAUACACAUCGGAAGUUGGUGACAAUUUUUUUCUAAAUGGAAACCAAAGCCACCUGAGUGUUCAGAACCACCCGGACAGAUGAUAAACGAGACCGUACAAUAUAUACUAAGCCAACCAUAUCAUUGGGUACCUGUGACUGAUGCUUGUGUUUGUAAUUGUUAAAUAGGCCUUUUCAAAAAUAUUUUCAGUGACGCUUUCUUGGCCAGUUUGACCGAGCUUUGGCAUGCACUUGGAAGUGAAACAUUCCCUUUAAAGCUGAUGUUGCCUUUUAAUCCACUUGUCGACACUCGCAUGCUUCGUUUAUCUUCUGCUCGUUCAAUGAUCUUCCAUGAUCGCAACAGUUACUCUUGGAACACUUCAUUCAAACGCAUAUUGUGGUCCUGGUGCCCUGAAAUUCGUGCCUCGUGAAUUGUUAGAUGGACGAGAAAGAAGAUUUUUCACGAGAGGACGGUGCUGUAUAAUUUCUGUUGUCGUGUUGCUGAUUGUAGAUAAACAAGUUUAUGAGCCUUCUCUUUGCCCUAUUGGAAUGUAUGAAUGGAAGCAUCAACUUACUCCGGUCGUUAUGUGCAGGCUGCUCCUGCUAAGAGCAAGCUGCCUCGUGUUUUGUGACAUUGGCCUAUGUCACAAGAUGUAAGUCUGUGUGACUGGCCUGCCUGCUGAACGGCCUUUUUGUGCGUCACUCCAACCACUACACGGCCAUACUUCACUGCUACGUCCAGCAAGUUAUAACGAACACGGUGUGUAGCUGGCUGCCUCUUUCCGUUGCGUUCCGUUCUUUCCGUUCCAAUGUCAUUAGCGGGGUGUUCAGGAGGUUCUGUUUUUGGCCACGCCUGUUCAGCGCCUUUUGUGGAUGGUGUUUUCUCCAGAUUACGUCCUGUAUCUCAUGCCGUACCUGUAGCUGGGUUGUGGACACUCCCGCGCCGUUAUCCGAAAUAUACGGACAGGCCCAGG